AUGUAUGGGAAAUGCCGCAGCCUGGUGCACGCUGUCACAGUCUUCGAUCAAACCCGAGCGAGCCUCCGCGACGCUGUUUGCUGGACUGCGAUGAUCACGGCCUUUGGAGAGAACCACCACUGCCGCGAGGCCAUCCAAGCUCUCGCUGGAAUGGACUUGGAAGGCGUGGAAGCCAACCAUGUCACCUUCGUCGGCCUCGUCAAUGGGGUCACUUCACUGGGAGAAGCCAAGCUUGUCCACGAGGAGAUCAUCCAGGCGAGGCUCCACUCUCAGAAGCUUGACACUGCUCUCGUCCAGAUGUUCACGAAGUGUGGAUCAUUGCCCAGUGCCGAGGCUGUCUUCUGGCAAAUCCCUCCACUCCACAGGGACGUAGCUUCUUACGACGCCAUGGUCUCGGCCUACGCUCAAGCUGGCGAGUCCCAGGCGGCCAUCCGGACUUUCGAGCUCAUGCUGUUGGAGGGCGGCGCUGCGGCCGACGAAAUCGUGUUUGUGAGCGUGCUCUCAGUCUGUAGCCAUGCUGGAAUGCUGAGUAGAGGACUCGAGCUGUUCCGGAGCAUGCAGGAGGACUUUGGUUUGAGGCCGAGCGUGGAUCACUUUGUGUGCGUGGUGGAUCUGCUGGGACGGUCGGGGCAGCUUCAGCUAGCGCAGGAGCUCGUCGAUGUCAUGCCGUUUGAGCCAGGUCCCGUGCCUUGGACGAUCCUGCUCGACUCGAGCAACAAAGUUUGCGAGGGGAGCGAGCGGCAGGCCUCGGUUGCCGCCGAGAGGACGCUCCAACUGGAGCCCGAGGUCUCUGCUUCGUACGUGCUCUCUAGCUCGUCUUCCAUGAGGAAGUUCUCGUCGAGCUAG